UAUUAUACUUUAUAUUAUUCAUUCUUUUUCUGUUGUUUUAAUAAUUCUGAAUAAUUAGAAAGGUAGUGAUAAAAAUAUUUUAGAAAUGUUGAAAUUGAGUGAGUAGGUUCACACAUGGGUCACAGGUCAAUCAUCCUAAUAACAUAGUUUCAGAUUUUAUGUUCUAUUAAAAAAUCUGUAACUUAAAUUCAAACCCAUCGUAUGCGCUUUCAUAUUGUUGUGUUUUAUAGACUCAACACGUGUUUAAGAAUUUUUUUGUUUUUUCCAUAGAUAUGAUAUGAUGAUACCUUAUAAAACUGGUAUAAAAGAAACAUGAAGAUAAAAUAUCUUCAGUCAUUCUCUCUCAGUAAUCAUGUGAAUACAAGUUGUUAGUAAGUGACUUUUUCUGUUUUAUAAAUCACACCCACUUAGAAAGAACAAUUUUGUUUGAAUCAGAAGCAUAUUCAAAAACAGUGAUGAUCUAGUUACUGUUUAGAUGACCCUAUUCCGUAUAUUGACAUUGUAAAUCAAUCACAUGUCAUUCUUAUGGUCUUCUGGCUCAUUUCCGCGAAUGUUUUUUUCCUUCUUCUUACCUAGAAAUUCUUUGUCAGUUUCCAGGAAUCCUCAAACAAUGUCUUUUCUUCCAUUACAAGAUAAACAACAAAUCGAGACAUGUUCUUAUUUUCUGACUGACACCUACAUACCAAACUCAUCUUCUCCAUCAAUACUUUCUUGGUCCUAGUUUUUGCUGUUUUGAAAAAAAAUCAGUCUAGUCAACAUCAUUAUUUUCAAAUGACAAAUUAUCAUUACCUUCUCUCACAUUACAUUCACAGUUUAAAUUGCUUAAAUUCUAUCUUUUUCUGACUUGACUCAUCUGCAUAAACAGUGACCCAUUUCAAAACAUUUGCACUUUAGAAAUAAAGAAAGGUUGAUUACUUUGUUAAAAUCUCAUACACACUAUGAGAAGCAGUAGAAUAGUUUAUAACAAUUUGUGCAUUAGGAAGGAUCAAAGGAAAACCGCGUGCUGACUAUGACUACCACAUUCCGGUCAAACUCCAGCUGGCCAUGGACCAGGAAUGGUUUUAAUGCUUCUUUUUUUUUUCUUGGCUGGUGAUCCUUUGACCUGUGGGAUGUAAAAGGUAGGACUUUUAGUUAUAAAAUAAUAACUUCAACUUGCAGGAAGCAAAUUCACAUUGGAAGAACAAAACGCAUGAAAUGGAAGCCUUUGAGAUCAUCUUCCUUUUGAUAUUUGGUUACAAGAGAUGAUAUGGAAUAGCAUUAGCUUCUGCAAAUGAAGAAAACACCAGUUCACAGUUUGCAUCAAUCUAAUCAAAGAAAAAGGAAUGUUGGUGUCCAAGAUAGAGGUGCAGGGAACGGCACACGGAAGCGCAGUGCUGAGAACCAUUCUGUUCUGACAUAUUUCAAUUCCGUCAAGAAUUUUUUUUCAUUUUUUCUAUCUGGGAAAAGAAAAUUUGCCUCAGAAGCCCCUCAGAGUGAUGACGGAAAGACCACACACAAAGUUGGAGGGGUAUCGUCUUCCGCAGAUGUAUCGUCUGAUAGUUCUAGGAGUUCAUCAAAAUAUGUAUUCUCUCAAUCCUCUGCAUCAUCUGGCACUUCAAGUAGCCACCUUGGAGUUGGGAACUUCACCUUUGAGGAAAUUUACAAGGCAACAGCAAAAUUCUCUCCGGACAAUAAGAUUGGGGAAGGUGCGUUUGGAACAGUGUAUAGGGGAAGGCUUUAUGAUGGAUCCCUCGUGGCUGUGAAGCGUGCCAGGAAGGAUUUGCAGAACAAGAACUUAGCUGAGUUCAAGAAUGAAAUAAACACCUUGUCAAAUAUUGAGCACAGGAGCCUUGUAAGAUGGCGUGGGUAUUUGGAGCAUGGAGAUGAAAAAAUUCUUGUUGUUGAAUAUGUUAGUAAUGGAACUCUUCGAGAACAUUUAGAUGGUUUUCGGGGAAAUGGACUUGAAAUUGGUGAGCGUCUGGACAUAGCUAUUGAUGUAGCUCAUGGAAUUACUUACCUUCACAUGUACACAGAUCAUCCAAUUAUUCAUAGGGACAUCAAAGCAUCAAAUAUCUUAAUCACUGAUAAACUAAGGGCCAAAGUAGCAGACUUUGGUUUUGCUCGGUUGGGUUCAGAAGACCCUGCUGCAACCCAUAUUUCAACUCAAAUAAAAGGAACAGCUGGGUACAUAGAUCCUGAUUACAUGCGAACGCAUCAUCUAUCUGAAAAGAGUGAUGUCUAUUCCUUUGGUGUGUUGCUGGUUGAAAUGAUGACAGGACGACAUGCAGUUGAACCAAAGAGACCUCUUAGUGAGAGAGUUACAAUUAAAUGGGCAAUGCAGUUGUUGAAACAAGGAGAAGUUGUGAUUGCCAUGGAUCCAAGACUAAAGAGAAGUCCAGCAUCAAACAAAGCAGUACAAAAGGUUUUGAAGCUAGCUUUCCAAUGCCUUGCACCAGUGAGGCGAUCACGGCCAUCUAUGAAGAGUUGUGCAGAGGUUCUGUGGGAAAUCCGCAAAGAUUUUACAGAUAGAACAUCUUCUCAUACUCAUAAUGCUUCUCACCAUUCUGCAAAUUUCCCUCAAAGAGAUGGGAGGAAGAAUAGGCAUAAGACAUAUGGUAUUGAAGAUGGUAAAGGCUAUAAAUUUGUAUCAGCAUAAUCAAUUUCACUUUGGAAGUUUGUUCAUUGAUUGUUCAGAUAGUGAACACUUGUCCACUACAGCUCUGCUUUGUAUAAUCUUCCUUUUUUGAAGCUGUUAGCUUCACAAGCUUUUCUUUCUUCCAUUUUGAAAUUCUCAAGCUUUUAGAUUGUUGAGACUGUUUGUAACCCAAAUGAGUAAGAUUGCCAAGUUAAGGGACACUCAUCAGCUUCAAUUUCAGGGUUCUGCAUUUUCUUUAUGUCA